CCCUGCCGGACCCGCCCCGACCGGGGCUCGCCGCCUGCAGCAGCCGCAGCACCGCGACCUGGGGCCCCGCGCGGGCUAUGGCUGUGCCCGGGGGCUGAGCGCGCAGGCUGUGUGACCGAGAUUCCUGACGAGAGAGACUGAGAAGAGAGGAAGGAGGGGCGGGCUCCUGGCAAGGCAUCCGCUCCUGAACUGAGUCCUGCAAAAGAUGGAGAAGGAAGAAGACACGACCCGGGAGCUGCUGCUGCCCAACUGGCAGGGCAGCGGCUCCCAUGGGCUGACCAUCGCCCAGAGGGACGACGGUGUCUUUGUGCAGGAGGUGAUGCAGAACUCCCCUGCGGCCCGCACUGGGGUGGUCAAGGAGGGGGACCAGAUUGUGGGUGCCACCAUCUACUUUGACAACCUGCAGUCAGGCGAGGUGACCCAGCUGCUGAACACCAUGGGGCACCACACUGUGGGCCUGAAGCUGCAUCGCAAGGGGGACCGCUCCCCUGAGCCUGGCCAGACCUGGGCCCACGAAGUCUUCAGCUCCCGAAGCUCUGAGGUGGUUCUGAGCGGGGAUGAUGAGGACUACCAGCGCAUCUACACCGCGAAGAUCAAGCCUCGGCUGAGGUCAGAGGAUGGACUAGAAGGGGACCCUGGGGAGACCCAGAGCCGCACCAUCACGGUGACUAGAAGGGUCACGGCCUACACUGUCGACGUGACAGGCCGCGAGGGAACCAGGGAGAUUGGUAUCAGCAGCCCAGAGUUCAAGAUCAAGAUUCCACGGCAGGAACUGACGGAAAUCUCCACUGUGGAUGUGGACACCCACUCUGGCCAGACAGUGAUCAGACUGCCCUCGGGCCCGGGGGCAGUGUCUCCUCCCACAGGCUCUGUUGUGGACAUCCGAGCGGGGUCCGUUUCCGCUUCAGGACCAGAGCUCCAAGGUGCUGGCCACUCGAAGCUCCAGGUCACCGUGCCUGGGAUAAAGGUGGGGAGCCCAGGCAUCAAUGUCAGUGCGAAAGGCUUGAACUUGGGUGGCAAGAGAGGGGUCCAAGUUCCAGGAGUGGACAUCUCGUCUUCUCUUGGGGGUGGGGCAGUGGAGGUGCAGGACCCGUCUCUGGAGAGUGGCAGUAAUGGGAAAAUUAAAAUUCCCACUAUGAAGGUGCCAAAAUUCGGUGUGUCAGCAGUGCCUGAGGGCCAGGCACCAGUGGCAGGGCUGAGCGUUUCUGUACCUGAAUUCUCUGUGGAGCACAAGGGUGGCAAGCCAGGCCUGACCAUUGGCGGGAACAUCCAGACCCCUCAGCUAGAAGUCAGUGCUCCUUCUGCCAAUAUUGAGGGGUGCGAGGGGAAGCUGAAGGGCCCCCAGAUCACUGGGCCAUCCCUUGAGAGUAACCGAGGCCCGAAAGGUGCCAAGCCACAGGGGAGCAUAGGGGUGGACAUCUCGGGGCCCAAAAUUGAGGGCACUCUCAGUGGCUCCAGUGUGGAAGUUCAAGCCCCUGACGUUGAUAUUCAUGGGCCUGGGGGCAAACUGAAUAUGCCCAAGGUGAAAGUUCCCAAAUUCUCUGUAUCAGGUUCUAAGGGAGGGGGAGCUGGCAUUGAUGUGGCACUGCCCACAGGUGAAGUGACUCUUCCUGGGAUCUCUGGGGACGUCAGCCUGCCUGGAGUUGCUGCUGGGGGGCUGGAAGGGAAGGUGAAGGGUACGAAAGUCAAGACUCCUGAAAUGAGCCUACAGAAACCUAAAAUCUCCAUGCAGGAUGUGGAUCUGAGCCUUGGAUCCCCUAAACUGAAGGGAGAUAUUAAGGUUUCAGUGCCUGGGGUGCAAGGUGAUGUUAAAGGCCCUCAAGUGGCAGUUAAGGGCUCCAAAGUGGACAUAGAGACACCUAGCCUUGAGGGGACCUCGACGGGACCCACGCUUAGUAGUCCUUCUGGGAAAACAGGAACGUGCAGGAUCUCUAUGGCAGAUGUAGAUCUCAAUGUGGCUGCACCUAAAGUGAAAGGGGGUGUAGAUGUCACACUCCCCAAAGUAGAAGGGAAAGCCAAAGUCCCUGAAGUGGAUGUCAGAGGCCCCAAAGUGGAUGUCAGUGCCCCAGGUGUGGAAGUUCAUGGCCCAGAAUGGAACCUGAAAAUGCCCAAGUUCAGCCCUCCAGGAGUUGAAGGGGAAGGCCCAGCUGUAGAUGUGAAACUACCCAAAGAUAUCAGUAUUUUGGGGCCCAAGGUCAAUGUGGAGGCCCCAGAUGUGAACAUAGGGGGCCUGGGAGGCAAACUUAAAGGCCCUGAUAUUAAGCUGCCUGAAGUGAGUGUCAAGACACCAAAGAUCUCCAUACCUGAUGUCGAUUUGCAUGUUAAAGGCACAAAGGUAAAAGGAGAGUAUGAUGUAACAGUCCCAAAACUUGAAGGGGAACUGAAAGGCCCCAAAGUGGGCCUUGAUGCCCCAGAUGUGGAUGUUCAGGGCCCAGACUGGCAUCUUAAGAUGCCCAAGAUGAAAAUGCCCAAAUUCAGUGUGCCAGGGUUCAAAGCAGAGGGCCCAGAAGUGGAUGUGAACCUGCCCAAGGCUGAUGUGGACAUUUCUGGGCACAAGGUAGAUGUUAGUGCUCCAGAUGUGAGCAUUGAGGGACCAGAAGGUAAAUUGAAAGGACCUAAGUUUAAGAUACCUGAGAUGAAUAUCAAAGCCCCAAAGAUCUCCAUGCCAGAUGUGGACUUACAUUUGAAAGGCCCUAAAGUAAAAGGAGAAUACGAUGUCACAGUGCCAAAAGUGGAAGGUGAGAUUAAAGUUCCUGACGUUGAACUUAAAAGUGCCAAAGUGGAUAUCGAUGUUCCAGAUGUUGAUGUUCACGGCCCAGACUGGCACCUGAAGAUGCCCAAAAUGAAAAUGCCCAAGUUCAGCAUGCCUGGCUUCAAAGCAGAGGGCCCAGAAGUGGAUGUGAACCUGCCCAAGACUGACAUUGACAUCUCGGGACCCACGGUGGACGUUGAAGUUCCAGAUGUGAACAUUGAAGGACCUGAAGGAAAGCUGAAAGGUCCCAAGUUUAAGAUGCCUGAGAUGAAUAUCAAGGCCCCUAAGAUCUCUGUGCCUGAUGUGGAUUUGCAUGUGAAAGGUCCCAAGGUAAAGGGAGAAUAUGAUGUUACGGUGCCAAAGAUGGAAGGGGAACUCAAAGGGCCAAAAGUAGACGUCAGUGCCCCAGAUUUUGAAGUUCAUGGUCCUGAAUGGAACCUAAAGAUGCCCAAGAUGAAAAUGCCCAAAUUUACCAUGCCCAGCCUCAAAGGGGAGGGCCCAGAAGUGGAUGUGAACCUGCCCAAGGCUGAUGUGGACAUUUCUGCACCCAAGGUAGAUAUUAGUGCUCCAGAUUUGAGCCUCGAAGGACCAGAAGGAAAGUUGAAAGGCCCCAAGUUUAAGAUGCCUGAGAUGCACUUCAAGGCUCCUAAGAUGACUCUGCCAGAUGUUGACUUGGAUCUUAAAGGACCCAAAAUGAAAGGCAAUCUAGAUAUGUCAGUGCCAAAAAUAGAAGGUGAGAUGAAAGUUCCAGAUGUGGACAUCAAAGUACCCAAGGUAGACGUUAAAGCACCAGAUGUGGAAGUCCAAGGUGCAGACUGGAGCCUGAAAAUGCCCAAGAUGAAAAUGCCCAAGUUCAGCAUGCCCGGCUUGAAAGGCGAGGGCCCAGAUGUGGAUGUGAACCUGCCCAAGGCUGACGUUGACUUCUCUGGACCCAAAGUUGACAUUGAAGCCCCAGAUGUGAGCCUUGAAGGUCCGGAAGGGAAGCUGAAGGGCCCCAAGUUUAAGAUGCCUGAGAUGCACUUCAAGACCCCCAAGAUCUCCAUGCCUGACGUGGACUUACACUUGAAAGGUCCUAAGGUGAAGGGGGAUGUGGACGUGUCUGUGCCCAAGUUAGAAGGUGAAAUGAAAGUGCCAGAUGUGGACAUCAAAGGACCCAAAGUGGACGUCGAUGUCCCAGAUGUGGACAUUCACGGCCCAGACUGGAACUUGAAAAUGCCCAAGAUGAAAAUGCCCAAAUUUAGCAUGCCUGGCUUCAAAGGUGAGGGCCCAGAAGUGGAUGUGAACGUGCCCAAGGCUGACAUUGACGUCUCUGGACCCAAAGUGGACAUUGAAGCCCCAGAUGUCAACAUUGAAGGACCGGAAGGAAAGCUGAAAGGCCCCAAGUUUAAGAUGCCUGAGAUGCACUUCAAGGCUCCCAAGAUCUCCAUGCCUGAUGUGAACUUGAAUCUUAAGGGGCCCAAACUAAAGGGAGAUAUGGAUGUGUCUGUGCCUGAUGUAGAAGGUGAAAUGAAAGUGCCAGAUGUGGACAUUAAAGGGCCCAAAGUUGACAUCAGUGCUCCAGAUGUGGAUGUUCAUGGCCCAGACUGGCACCUAAAGAUGCCCAAGGUGAAAAUGCCCAAGUUCAACAUGCCUGGCUUCAAAGGAGAGGGCCCAGAAGUGGAUGUGAACUUGCCCAAGGCCAACAUUGAUGUCUCAGGGCCCAAGGUGGAUGUUGAAGUUCCAGAUGUGAAUAUUGAUGGUCCAGAUGCAAAAGUAAAAGGUCCUAAAUUUAAGAUGCCAGAAAUGAAUAUAAAGCCUCAGAAGAUAUCCAUGCCAGAUGUUGGUUUGCAUUUGAAAGGUCCUAAAAUGAAAGGAGAUUAUGAUGUUACAAUUCCAAAAGUAGAAGGAGAGAUAAAAACUCCGGAUGUUGACAUCAAAGGUCCCAAAGUGGACAUUAAUGCACCAGAUGUGGGAGUUCAUGGCCCAGACUGGCAUCUAAAGAUGCCCAAAGUGAAAAUGCCCAAGUUCAGCAUGCCAGGCUUCAAAGGAGAGGGCCCAGAAGUGGAUGUGAACCUGCCAAAGGCUGAUAUUGAUGUCUCAGGUCCCAAGGUGGACAUUGAUGUUCCAGAUGUGAAUAUUGAAGGUCCAGAGGGGAAACUAAAGGGUCCCAAGUUCAAGAUGCCAAGCAUGAAUAUACAGACACAGAAAAUCUCUAUGCCUGAUGUUGGACUUAAUCUAAAAGCCCCUAAACUGAAAACUGAUGUAGAUGUUUCCCUUCCCAAAGUGGAAGGAGAGUUGAAAGGUCCUGAAAUUGACAUGAAGGCCCCGAAGAUGGAUGUGGAUGUUGGUGAUAUUGAUAUUGAAGGUCCAGAAGGGAAGCUGAAAGGUCCUAAGUUUAAGAUGCCAGACAUGCACUUCAAGACUCCCAAGAUCUCCAUGCCUGAUGUGGACUUACACUUGAAAGGCCCCAAAGUCAAAGGGGAUGCAGAUGUGUCUAUGCCGAAGAUAGAAGGUGAAAUGAAAGUGCCAGAUGUGGACAUCAAAGGGCCCAAAGUAGACAUCGAUGUCCCAGAUGUGGAUGUUCAUGGCCCAGACUGGCACCUGAAGAUGCCCAAGGUGAAAAUGCCCAAGUUCAGUAUGCCUGGCUUCAAAGGUGAGGGCCCAGAAGUGGAUGUGAACCUGCCCAAGGCUGACAUUAAUGUGUCUGGCCCCAAAGUGGACAUUGAUGCUCCUGAUUUGGAUAUAGAGGGACCAGAAGGAAAAUUAAAGGGCUCUAAAUUUAAGAUGCCUAAGUUGAAUAUCAAAGCUCCUAAGAUAUCCAUGCCAGAUGUGGACUUGAAUUUGAAGGGACCCAAAGUGAAAGGAGAAAUUGAUGCUUCUGUGCCUGAGCUAGAAGGUGAUCUCAGAGGUCCACAAGUUGAUAUCAAAGGUCCCAGUGUGGAUGUGGAGAUGCCUGAAGUCGAUCUGGAAUGUCCUGAUGCAAAGUUGAAAGGCCCUAAGUUUAAGAUGCCUGAGAUGCACUUCAAGACCCCCAAGAUCUCCAUGCCUGAUGUGGACUUACACUUGAAAGGCCCCAAAGUGAAAGGGGAUGUGGAUGUGUCUGUGCCCAAGAUAGAAGGUGAAAUGAAAGUGCCAGAUGUGGACAUUAAAGGCCCCAAAAUAGACAUUGAUGCCCCAGAUGUGGACGUUCAUGGUCCAGACUGGCACCUGAAGAUGCCCAAGAUGAAAAUGCCCAAGUUCAGUAUGCCUGGCUUCAAAGGCGAGGGACCAGAAGUGGAUGUGAACCUGCCAAAGGCUGACAUUGGUAUUUCUGGCCCCAAAGUGGACAUUGACGCCCCGGAUGUGAAUAUUGAAGGUCCUGACGCGAAAUUGAAGGGUCCCAAGUUCAAGAUGCCAGAGAUAAACAUCAAAGCUCCCAAAAUCUCCAUGCCUGAUGUUGACUUGGAUUUGAAAGGAUCCAAAGUCAAAGGAGAUUUUGAUGUGUGCAUCCCUAAGAUUGAAGGUACUUUCAAAGGCCCAGAAGGAGACCUUAAAGGUUCAGGUCUGGAUUUUGAAGGCCCGGAUGCCAGAUUCAGUGGCCCAAAUUUGAAGAUGCCAUCGCUGGAUAUAUCUGCCCCUAAAGUAACUGUUCCUGAUGUUGAUUUGCAUUUCAAGGCACCCAAAAUUGGGGUUUCUGGUCCCAAGUUGGAAGGUGCUGAACUGGACCUCAAAGGGCCCAAAGUUGAUUUAGAAGCUCCAAGCUUAGAUGUGCACACGGAGAGCCCAGAUAUUAAUAUUGAGGGGCCAGACAUUAAAAUUCCCAAAUUUAAGAAACCCAAAUUUGGUUUUGGGGCAAAAAGCCCUAAAGCUGACUUCAAGUCACCUUCCCUGGAUGUGACCGUUCCUGAGGCAGAACUGAAUGUUGAGACUCCUGAAAUUAGUGUUGGUGGCAAGGGCAAGAAGAGUAAGUUUAAAAUGCCCAAAAUUCACAUGAGUGGCCCUAAAAUGAAGGCCAAAAAACAGGGAUUUGACUUGAAUGUUCCCGGGAACGAAAUUGAUGCCAGUCUCAAGCCUCCUGAUGUAGAUGUCAACGUUGCCGGGCCAGACGCCACAUUUAAAGCUGAUGUGAAAUCCCCCAAAACCAAGAAAACUAUGUUUGGGAAAAUGUACUUUCCAGAUGUAGAAUUUGACAUUAAAUCACCUAAAUUUAAAGCUGAGGCCCCCCUCCCUAGCCCCAAAAUGGAGGGUGAAAUCCAGGCAACUGAUGUGGAUAUUUCUUCGCCUGGGAUUCAUGUGGAAGGUCCCGACAUCAAGCUGAAGGCUCCCAAGUUCAAGCUGCCAGGUAUGGAUGUCUCAGGGGGACAAACAGAGGGUGACUUGAAAGGCCCCAGGGUGCAGGCAAACUUGGACGCACCUGACAUCAACAUUGAAGGCCCAGAUGCUAAAGUCAAAGCCCCAUCGUUCGGCAUUUCUGGCCCUCAGGUCUCCAUCCCUGAUGUGAACGUUAACUUGAAAGGACCAAAGAUAAAGGGUGAUGUCCCCAGUGUGGGACUGGAAGGACCAGACAUAGAUCUGCAAGGUCCAGAAUCAAAGAUCAAAUUCCCCAAGUUUUCAAUGCCCAAGAUCGGCGUCCCUGGUGUGAAGAUGGAAGGGGUAGGAGCUGAGGUUCAUGCCCAGCUGCCCUCUCUCGAAGGAGGCUUGAGUGCACCUGAUGUUAAGCUUGAAGGGCCGGACGUGUCUCUGAAAGGGCCAAAAGUAGACUUGCUUUCAGUGAACCUCUCUAUGCCAAAAGCCUCUGGACCUGACCUUGACCUGAACUUGAAAGGACCAAGUUUGAAGGGAGACCUGGAUGCCUCUGUUCCUGGUGUGAGGGUGCACUCCCCAGGGCUAGACCUCAGAGGUCAAGGUGGAAAGGUGAGGAUGGAAGGAGACAGUGUGAAAGUGCCUGGGAUCGACGCCACGCUAAACCUUGGCACCCCAGAUGUGACCCUGAAGGGACCAACCCUGCAGGGAGACCUGGCUGCCUCUGGUGACAUCAAAUGCCCUAAAGUAUCAGUAGGUGCUCCUGAUCUAAGCUUGGAGGCCCCUCAAGGUGGCAUUAAACUUCCCAAAAUGAAGCUGCCCCAGUUUGGCAUCUCGACUUCAGGGUCCGACUUGGACAUGAACGUCAAAGGGCCACAAGUGACUGGAGAACUACAGGCCCCAGGCAUCGGUGUGAACCUCGGAGGCCUGAACCUGAAAGGCCCUCAGAUCUCUGGCCCUCAAAUCUCAGCACCAGACAUGGACUUGAACUUGGAAGGACCAAAAAUAAAAGGAAGCCUCGGGGCCACUGGUGAAAUGAAAGGCCCCACUGUUGGAGGAGGUCUUCCGGGCGUCAGUGUUCAAGGCCUCGAAGGAAACGUCCAGAUGCCUGGAGUUAAGUCCUCUGGAUGUGAUGUGGAGCUGCCAGGUGUGAGUGUGAAACUCCCAACGGGGCACAUUUCUGGUCCCGAAAUCAAAGGCGAUCUGAAAGGUUCAGGAAUAGGUUUCCACGGGGCUGCUCCCGACAUUAGCGUCAAAGGGCCUUCACUUAAUGUGGCCUCUCCUGAGUCAGAUUUCGGUGUCACCCUGAAGGGCCCGAAAAUGACAGGAGGUGUGGAUGUUUCAGGAGGUGUCAGCGCCCCAGCUGUCAGCCUGGGCGAAGGACACGUGAGUGUCAAAGGACCCCGGGCCUCCUCCGCUCUCAACUUGGAUGCACCUAAGUUUGCUGGGGGACUUCAUUUCUCCGGACCAAAGGUAGAAGGCGGUGUGAAAGGAGGCCAGGUUGGACUCCAGGGUCCUGGGCUGAGUGUGUCUGGGUCUCCAGGUCACUUGGAAAGCAGAUCUGGAAAAGUAACAUUCCCCAAGAUGAAGAUCCCCAAAUUCACCUUCUCUGGCCGUGAGCUGGUUGGCAGAGAAGUGGGGGUAGAUAUUAACUUCCCUAAAGCGGAGGCCACUGUCCAGGCCGGGGCCGGAGAGGGGGAGUGGGAAGAGUCUGACGUAAAACUGAAGAAGUCCAAAAUCAAAAUGCCCAAGUUCAAUUUUUCCAAACCUAAAGGGAAAGGUGGUGUCACGGGCUCCCCGGAAGCAUCCAUUUCAGGGUCCAAAGGCGACCUGAAGAGCUCGAAGGCCAGCCUGGGUUCUCUGGAAGGAGACGCCGAGGCCGACAUGUCAUCGCCCAAAGGCAAAUUCUCCUUAUUUAAAAGUAAGAAGCCCCGGCACCGCUCAAAUUCCUUCAGCGACGAACGGGAGCUCUCAGCGCCUUCCACCCCGACAGGAACGUUGGAGUUUGAAGGUGGAGAAGUGUCACUGGAAGGCGGGAAAGUCAAAGGGAAACACGGAAAGCUGAAAUUUGGUACCUUUGGUGGAUUGGGGUCAAAGAGCAAAGGUCAUUAUGAGGUGACUGGGAGCGAUGACGAGACAGGCAAGUUACAGGGAAGUGGAGUGUCCUUGGCCUCUAAGAAGUCCCGACUGUCUUCUUCUUCCAGCAAUGACAGCGGGUCUAAGGUUGGCAUCCAGCUUCCCGAGGUGGAGCUGGUGGUUUCCAAGAAAGAGUAGCAGGCCUCUGUGUGUGUACAUAUAUGUAUAAAAAUACACCAGCCUUGGGUGUGUUUGUAUAUAAACUCCAGAGAGAAACACGCCGACAGCCUCAGCAUAAUGCAGAGAUCUGGCCUCUGCCCGUGGCAAGUGCUGAAAAAGCCAACCAGCCGCCUUAGUUCCCCCGGCCCGGAGCUUUACAGAUACAGGAACUAAGGGUUCCAAGUUCGUCCAGCCCAUGUGCAGAGCCAACAAUAUUUGCCUUGAGAUUUCAGUUUUUUGUUUUGUUUUGUUUUGUUUUGCAUUGAAUGCUGAGAGCUCCUGUUUACUAAGCAAGCUUAUGUGUUUAUUAUCCUCAUUUUUACUGAACAUUGUUAGUGUCAGGGUAAUGGAAACCCACUUUUUCAUUGUAAUGACUUCAGGGGCUUUUGUUAGUAAGGGUGGGGUGGGGUAGAAGGCAGUAGAGGGGGCCAGACCUCCAUUUCUCCUAAGAUUGGACCUAUUCAAACAGGGAACACCCAGGGAGGGCUGAGAGGAGCCGCCAGGCAGGGCGCAUGGGUGUCUUUAGGUCUCUUUAGCAUUGCUUUUUUCCCCCAGGGGUGGCGGUCCUAGCCAGUUUGGUGUUCACGGUGAGACAGAAUUAGAAUCUAUUUGCAAAUUGGCCGAUGUACCCCCAGCUCAACACGUUCUGUGCAUUGUGGGGGAAAUGUUUCCUUCAUGGCCGCCACAUUCCUGAGACUAGUUCUGAUUUCUUUUAAUAAAUGUUAUCGUGAUUAAGAAAAUUUCCCGCACUUUAAUGGCAAAUUAAUUGAGAAUGUAAGAAAAUCGAUGCUGUCAAAGGCAAAUAAAGCUGUUUAUUAACCCUGA